UAUUUGAAGUCGUCUGUUUCAUAUACUGUAUUUUUAUACAUAUAUACAUUUUGUAAUUGGUAUUAUAAUUGGAAAGGUGUGCAAAUGGAGAAAAAAUUGAGCCUGCAGCCUUCGGCCAAGCCGCCUAUGCGAUCCGAGAAUGACACGAUUGGCAAUAUAGAUGUGCCCGCUGAUCGUUACUUUGGCGCCCAGACUAUGCGUUGCGUAAACAAUUUUCCCAUUGGCGGUAUGGAUGAACGCAUGCCGAAGCCUAUAAUACAGGCCAUGGGCAUAUUAAAGAAGGCCGCCGCCGAGGUUAACCAGGAGUUUGGGCUGGACAGCAAGGUGAGCACAGCGAUUUCAGGUGUUUGCGAUGAGGUGAUCUCUGGAAAACUAUUCGAUGAAGGCCAUUUUCCGUUGCCCAUAUGGCAAACUGGCUCAGGCACAAUGACAAAUAUGAAUGUCAACGAGGUGAUUAGCAAUCGCGCCAUUGAGAUUUUGGGUGGCGAGCUGGGUUCAAAGAAUCCCGUACAUCCCAAUGACCAUGUGAAUAAAUCUCAGAGCUCCAAUGACACGUUUCCAACGGCGAUACAUAUCUCUGUGGCCACUGAGCUGACCAGAAGCCUUAAGCCGGCGAUCACCCAGUUGCGCGACGCUCUCAGGGCCAAAUCCAUUGAGUGGAAGGACAUUAUCAAAAUUGGACGUACACAUACACAAGACGCUGUGCCGCUAACAUUGGGACAAGAGUUUAGCGGGUAUACACAGCAGUUAACAAAUGGUCUGGAAAGGAUUGAUGCGGUCCUGCCCCAUGUCUAUCAGCUUGCUCUGGGUGGCACUGCCGUAGGCACCGGCCUAAAUACCCGCAAGGGAUUUGCAGAGAAGGCCGCCAUGCGCAUUGCACAGCUGACAUCUUUACCAUUUGUUAGUGCUCCGAACUUUUUUGAGGCCUUGGGCUCUAGGGAUGCCAUGGUCGAGGUGCAUGGCGCAUUAAACACCAUCGCUGUCAGCCUAAUGAAGAUAGCCAAUGACAUUCGAUUUUUGGGCUCGGGUCCACGCUGUGGCCUGGGCGAGCUUACCCUGCCGGCUAACGAGCCGGGUAGCUCAAUAAUGCCGGGCAAAGUGAAUCCCACUCAGUGCGAGGCUAUGACAAUGAUCUGUGCUCAGGUAAUGGGCAAUCAUGUUGCAGUCUCUGUGGGUGGCUCCAAUGGACACUUUGAGCUGAAUGUUUUCAAGCCGCUAAUCGUCUCCAAUGUGCUACGUUCGAUAAAGCUGCUAUCUGAUGGUUGCAAUACUUUUACUAAGAACUGUGUGGUUGGUAUUAAGCCGAACACAGAGAAGAUAGCCAAGAUAAUGAACGAAUCUUUGAUGCUUGUGACAGCACUGAAUCCACACAUUGGCUAUGAUAAGGCUGCUGAGAUAGCAAAGACUGCCCAUAACAAUGGCACCACCUUGAAGGAGGAGGCCCUUAAGGCUGGCAUUGCAGAGAAAGAUUUUGACGACUGGGUACGUCCGGAAAAGAUGAUUGGACCCAGCUAAAUAGUGUUUCAAGUGUUUUCUUUUUCCCAUGCGAACAAUUUAACAAAAUA